UCAGCAUUUAAAAGAUGUUAUAAGAAUGAUAUGAUUUGGACCCAUUACAGAAGAAACUAUAAAGGACCUGCUCCUUUAACAACUAGAGCAACUUGUGUAAGAGGAGAGUAUACGGCGACAGGUUCACCGUGUCCAGUUUGUCGAGACGAAUAUUUAGUUGUAGAUUAUAGGAAUGUGAAAUUAAUUGAACAUUUUACGAACCCUGAAACAGGAGAACUGUAUGAGACCAAGAGAACAGGCGUCUGCCAAAAACAGCAGAAAAAACUUCAAUUUGAAAAAUUCAAAGCUAUGGAAUAUGGUGUGUUUUAA